AUGUCGGUCGUCCCUCAGGUGGCCUCAGAGGCGAGCUUGGCACAGCUCCAUCCCUUCGACCCCCUCACGCCUUCAGAGAUUCAGGUUGCCGUGAAGUUGUUAGAAGCAUCUUUCCCUGGGGUAACACUGCGAUACAAGCGCAUUGAUGUACAGGAGCCCUUGAAGCAAGAUGCGGUUCCCUACAUCGAAGCCGAAAGGCUAGGGAAGCCACUGCCACCGAGACCAGCUCGUGUGCUGCAGGUCCUUUUUCAUAGACAGGAUACAGGAGCUUUCUGUAAAGCCCUGUUGAAUGUUGAUACUGGCUCUGUCAUCCAUGUUCGAGAGCUGCCCAAACACGUCCAGGGUCCCGUGGACGUGGAUGAAUUGCUAGCAAUUGAAGAACUUUGUCUAGGGCAUCCCGCAGUUCAGAAGGAAGUGGAAAAGUUGCAGCUUCCUGCCGGCGUUACCAUAUGUAAUGACCCGUGGAUUUAUGGUACCGACGAUCCGAACGAGAGUCGACGACUGUUUCAGUGUUACAUGUAUGUUGUCGGCGUUGACCAUCCUCAGAACAAUCACUACUCGACUCCAUGCAAAUUCUCGCCAGUCUUUGACGGCCUCACCCAUGAGUUAGUCCGAAUGGAUUACCUCCCAGCAGGCGUAGACCACACAGUGACGGCAACCGUGCCUUGGAAGCCAGUGAAAACUAUUCAAUAUACCCACGAUCUCUUAGACACGCCCUUGAGGACGGAUCUGAAGCCCUACAUUGUCCAGCAACCAGAGGGACCUUCUUUCAGUGUGGAUGGAAACCUUGUGAGUUGGCAGAAGUGGCGUUUCCGGGUUGGCUUCAACACUCGGGACGGCCUGGUGAUCCAUAACGUCACAUAUGAAGGUCGAAACCUAUUUUAUAGAUUAUCACUCUGCGAAAUGACUGUCCCAUAUGGAGACCCCCGCAAACCAUUCCAUCGCAAGCAAGCCUUCGACGUUGGUGACGUUGGAUUUGGAGUAACAGCCAACCAGUUGUCUCUUGGAUGUGAUUGCCUCGGCCACAUCAAGUAUUUUGAUGGAUGGCGUACUGACUCCAAAGGAGCCCCGGUUCAUUUGGAGAACGUGAUAUGUUUGCACGAACAAGACAAUGGACUUCAACACAAACACACCAAUUACCGUACAAACGCCGCAACCGUCGUGCGUAACCGCCAAUUGGUCGUACAAAUGAUUUGCACCGUGUCCAACUACGAAUACAUUUUCGCCUACAUCUUUGAUCAAGCAGCUGGCAUUGAGCUUGAGGUCCGAGCCACGGGUAUUCUCUCUACAGCUCCCCUCGACAACGAAGACGGACAAACUGUACCCUGGGGAACCAACGUCGGCCCCGGUGUUGUGGCUGCUUUCCACCAACAUAUGUUUUCCUAUCGAAUCGAUCCGGCAAUCGACGGGUUUGAAAACACAAUUUACUACGAAGAUAGCGUACCCAUGCCAGAAGGCGAAGAUAACCCAUUCUCAUGUGGCUACGUGACUGAAGAGACUGUAUUGAAGAAAUCCGGCUCCGCCAACACUUCAGUAGAGCGUCAUCGCGUCUUCAAGAUCCGUAAUGACAACGUGAUCAAUCCUAUUACCUACAAACCAGUUGCAUAUAAAUUACAGACCUCGCCCGCUCAAAUGCUCCUCAUGGGCCCGAAUUCAUUCAAUUACAGACGUGCAGAAUUUGCGUCGAAGCCUAUCUGGGUGACUAACUAUCAAGACGAUGAAUUGUAUGCUGCCGGAGAAUUCACCAAUCAAAGCCGACAGUCGGACGGUGUUGAGAAAUGGGUUGCGAGAGAUGCUGCUAUUGAAAACAAGGACGUUGUUCUUUGGCAUACUUUCGGUCUCACCCACAACCCUCGUAUUGAGGAUUUCCCGGUAAUGCCUAUAGAGAAAGUGAGCGUCAUGUUGAAACCGGAUGGGUUCUUCACGAAGAAUCCGGCUCUGGAUGUGCCCCCUUCCGCGCAAGCCUUCAACCAGUCAACCCUGCAUCAAAGUACGGAGAAGUCAGAUGCAUGCUGUAGCCAAGGAGCGGGCGCGGGUGCAGAUAGGGCGAAACUGUAUAAACGGGUUGAAUAA